AUGCAGGCGCCUGAGCUCAGCAAGAAGAUGACCAAGUUGAUCAAGAGCGAGAACUCUGCCAUCGGCGCCCAUGAAGCAGCUGGUCGUGAGCGCACCUCUAUUGCUGCCCAACUCUCGGAGUGGGGUGAGGCAACGGAUGAUGACAACAUCUCCGACAUCUCCGACAAGCUUGGCGUGAUGCUCGCGGAGAUGGGUGAGCAGGAAGACGUCUUUGCCCAGAACCUCGAGGACUACCGCGGGAUCCUGAAGCAGAUCCGCAACAUGGAAGCCUCGGUCCAGCCGUCGCGCGAUCAGCGCCAAAAGGUCACUGAUGAGAUCGCUAAGCUCAAGUACAAAGAUCCGGCGAGCACACGCCUGGUCACUUUGGAGCAUGAGUUGGUUAGGGCUGAGGCUCAGAACUUGGUUGCCGAGGCGCAAUUGUCCAACAUCACACGACAAAAGCUGAAGGAAGCUUAUGAUAUCCACUUGGCGGCUGUGAUCGAGCGUGCUGAAAAGCAAACCAUCUUGGCCCGCCACGCCCGUCGUCUGCUCAACUACAUUGAUGACAGCCCUGUCGUGCCUGGUGAUGCCCGUCUAGCAUACGACCACGAGCACGAGGCCCGCCAGAUUCUCGAGGAUGCCGAGAAUGACCUCCGCGGAUGGGAGUCCACUGUCGAGCCCAUCACCUCAACUGCCGGUCGUGACUCUCCCUCUCACAUCAAUGGAAUCACCCAUUCAGGCCACGUCAAUGGACUCAGCGGCGUGGAAGAGCACGAGUCUGAUGUUUUGGAUGAUGCCUCUGCAAUCGAGACUAACAAUGUCACUGCCCCUGUGGAGAGCGGUGCCCCCCCAGCUAAAAUGCUGGUUGAGCCCGCUGCGUGA